AUGAAUAUAAAAGAAUAUGCAGCAGCUACCCUAUUGGCUUUGGCUGAUUGGGAUACAUUGGCGUCAUUGGAACGCCAAUAUUGCAGUUUAGAGAUUUUUGGAGCCAUGGCACAUGCUGCCAAUGAUCUUGUCAAAUAUAAAGCCAGCAAAAAACUUAAUAGAGACGCCUGGGACUUAAUGCUUCCACUUUUUGGGACAGUUUCCAACAAAAGAAGUAAUACUGGAAAUAUGAUGCAUAGAGAUUCUCCAAUAUCUGCAAAUAAAGAGAAUUUAUUAAAUUUUCUAUCAAGACUAAGAGAUGCCACAGUAUUCUCCGUUGUGAUAUCCUUGUUAACAAAACUGCACAAUCUGUUAAAAGAUGAACCAAAUAUGGAACUAAACGUCGAAUAUUUAUCGUUAUGGCCAGGAAUGGUUAGCAACUCAAAUUCUUACAAUUCUCGUACAGUCAGCGAAACUUUACGUUCUGUUCUCAACGAGGCUGUGAAAUAUUAUCCUAAUAAUACUAACUGGAUCAAGUUGCAGGGAGAUUUGGAUUUUGUUUAUGGACAUUUUGAGUCAGCAAUGAGAAAGUACAUUGAAGCUAUAAUAGUCGGUUCAGAAUACAUGACUUUACCUCUAAAUAAGCCAUUAAUAGAUGAUACUUUAAUCAGGAGAAUGAUUAAAACUUGCUGUAGUUUAGGAUGUAAUACUCAGGCAGCAGUUUUGUGCCAGUUUUUGGAAGAAACCGACUACGUAUUAGCUUUCAAAAGCCUUUCUGAGAAAAGUACAUCUUUCGAUGCAAUGGAUGCAUAUUAUGCAUUUAUUUGGGAUCCUGCCUUAUUAGAAUUUAUUGUAAAUUUGCAUCAUAAACGUGGAGAGAGUAAAAGACGUCAGCAAGCGAUAUCGCUAAUGGGACUCCUGGAAUUAAAUUCUAAUAAUAACGAAGAAAUACAAAGAGAAGCUGCUGCCAUUAGAAAGUCGCAGUUUAUAAAAGCUCUCGACAGCCAAUUUCGACAAUAAAUAUAAAUUAGAAUUAUAAAUUUUAUUUUAAUUAGUCUAAAAAAAUAAUUGUAAAUUAAAAUUGUACUUUUAAAAAUUGUAAAUAAUAAUACUGUCUUACAUUAGUAAGUAGUAUUUGGAACU